AUGGCGUCGGCAGAGCUGAUUGUCGCCAAGACGGCGCUGUCAGGCGCCCUCUUCCGUCCAGAUCCGCGGCCGUGUUCGCGCGACGAUAUCGAGACGAUGAUCGCCCUCGUUAAUUCGACCGUCUCCGAAUGCUCGCCCCUCAAUGUCCAGAGAUGCAAGCAAUGGGCUCUCUCCAACCUGGUUCCCUCGUCGGCUCGGAUCGCCCCGUUUGCCAAAUACCUGGUCGCGCUGUCCAAGUCGUUCGGCAGCGAGAAGGAUGCCGCUGUUGGGGAUUCGAAAACAAGCCGUGUGCCGUCAGCCAAGCGCCGGCGUCUCCAUGUUCUAUACAUUCUAAACGAUAUCCUCUAUCACGCAAAGCACCGCAAUCGAGACGAAGCCUUCGCCCAAAAGCUAGAGCCAACACUACCCACCCUCGUCGCGAGCGCAGCGGCUUUUAACAACAGCCCGAAACACAUCAGGAAAAUUCAAGACUUGAUCGGACUAUGGGAGGAGAACCGCUACUUUUCCCGCGGGUUUGUCCAACAAUUGCGGGCGGCUGUUGAGGAAGGCCCGUCAUCCAACGAAGAGGAGAAGAGUCGCAACGACGGGGACUAUUCGGCGAGCGCCGUGGCGAAAGCAGCUAAGACGGCGCCGUGGGUCUUACCGGGUACGCACGGCGACCCUUCAACCCUGUGGUACGAUCUACCCGCGGCGAACUGGCUCCCUGUCUUGGAGCCGAACUCAACCCGGCCGAUGAACCCCUCGAUGAUCAAGCCUCUUGUCCUGUCACAGGGCCCUGCCGACAAGGCUCUCGUGGACGCUGUCAAGAGCUUGCUCGUAGAUAUCGACAAGAUAUACGCUAAGGAGGUGAACCACGAUGAGCCGCUGCCCAACGUCAGCCGACUGGGCGAGCGUGUCGAGGUGGACGAAAUAACAGGCGAGGUUAUUGACGGAGAUACGUACUACGGCUGGUCCCGCGCUUUCUGCGAGAAGAUGAAACGCCGAAGACGGGGCCGUGGUGGGCGGACAGGCCGUAGCGAUGGCGAGCGCAGUAGGACACGCUCCUCCCGAUCUUACAGCCGCUCUGAGACCCGAUCACGCAGCCAUCAUCGGGGCCGUAGCGAGGGCUCCAGCCGAAGUCCCAGCCGACCCGCUUUCAAACGCCAAAGAAUGUCGGCAUCGCCGCAAAGCAGGCGCCGCAGCCGCAGCCGCAGCCGGAACGCGAGCGACCUGUCCAGUCCGGGCCGACACAGGAGUCGCAGUUACCGUCGAUCACGAAGCCGGUCCGCUUCCCGGUCUCGCCGGCGAUCACCAUCCAGGUCCAGAUCGCGCAGCAGAGGGUACCGGCCCGGGAGCGCCAAUGGCAACCGAGAGGGAAACUACCAACCACCAAGUCCCGACUUCUCCCCAAACCGAUCCUGGUCCCGUCCUCAGUCUCCCCCACCACACCCCAACCUCCCAGUGCCACCUCCUCGGAACAGCUUCCCACCUCCGCACCCGCCCUCAACCGACAGCUGGGGUUACCACCCAGCACCGCCAACAGCACCACCAACACAAAUGCCCUACCCCAUUCCACACCCCCUCCCACCUCAUCCCGGGUUCGGCGGCAUGGGAUUCCCCGCCCCGCCGCCCAACUACCAGGGGGCCGUGGGCCGCCCGUACCCCCACCGCUUUCCGCCCCAACCGCCACAAAACUACUUCGCACCCGGUGCGAACCCCGUCCCGCCGCCUCCCUUCCAGGGGAGCUGGGCAGUGCCUCCGCCUCCGCCGCCGGGGCCGGGGCCGUUGCCGGGGAACCAGAAUAGCAUGUACCAGCAGGGUCACGGCCAGGGCCAGGGCCAGGGCCAGGGCCAGGGCCAGGGACAAGGGCGGGGAGGGGGAGGGGGAGGGUAUCAGGGGAGGGGAGGUUAUGGGCGCGGUGGGUGGCGGUAA